GAACAAAUAAUUUAAUACUCGCUAACUCAACCUAACCCUGAAUAAACCUCAACUGAAUAUAAACGAGAGUACUGGACGUCCGAAAAAUUUAUAUAAUUUUUCUGUCGAAAUGAAUAGAUUUGAAUACGCUGAAGCGCGGCUUCAGCUAAACGAGAUAUUUCUGAAGCGAGAAAAAGCUGUAAAACUUUACGAUGGAGACUCGAAGACGUCUUUCGAGGGUGGUGAAGUGGUGUUGACAAAUCACAGAAUUCUAUGGGGAAGACCUGGUGACAUACCUCGAGGGCUUACGUGCCUCUCAUUAUCUCUGAGGUACAUAAUAUUCUUUGAGGAGGAAAGUCCCGGAGCAUUUUCUUUUGGCAGAAGCAAAAAAAUUAUUUUACACCUGGCUGAACCUGCUGUUGACAAGAUGCCUGGGCCUGUUAAUCACAGCGCUAAUAACUACAUAAAACUAUCGUUCAAAGAAGGAAUGGAUCCCAAUAUUAUUUCAUGCAUUGCCGACGCUAUUACUAAAAGAGCCUGGGAAUUAGUCACUACCAUUACCCCCAUUUCCUACUCACCAGGUGGUUCUGCUCACAUGAAAGCAAACCAACCCCCGCAAUUGCCAGUCAUUAAAACGAGGACAGGUAUUGUCGGUAUCGAACGAAGCUUGCAGGAAAAGCAAAAGGCUACCGACGAGAGUAUAUCCAUGGCCUUCCAGGACCUGCACAAGCUUAUGGAAAUGGCCAAGGAUAUGGUCGCAAUUUCCAAGACUAUUUCCACCAAGAUAAGAGAUAAGCAAGGUGAUAUCACUGAAGAUGAAACAGUGAGGUUCAAAUCCUACUUGAUGAGCUUAGGUAUUGAUGACCCAGUCACCAGAGAUGCAUAUAAAAGCAGCAAUGAGUACUUUAGGCAGUUGGCAAGGGAGUUGGCACAAAUUUUGGAAGAACCUUUAAGGGAGGUUGGUGGCAUAAUGGCCCUAACUGAUGUCUACUGUAGAGUGAACAGAGCUAGAGGUUUGGAGCUUCUGUCUCCUGAAGAUGUAUUAAAUGCUAGCCGGCAAUUGGCGCCACUCAAUUUACCUGUGAUUUUAAGAACCUUUGACAGUGGUGCCAUGGUUCUUCAGUUGGCUUCUCACAAUGAAGAAGUCAUUGUUCAAGCCAUAGAAGCGCUGUUGGAGGAGAAAGGUUCCAUAACGGUUGAGGAACUGGCACAAUCCGAGGGAAUAUCUAUCUUGUUGGCGCGGGAGAGACUGAUAGUUACAGAGCUACAUGGAAAAGCUUGUAGGGAUGAUACGAUAGAGGCAUUGAAGUUCUAUCCCAAUCUGUUUCUCACCCAGUCCUGAAUGCC